GUCGUUUUACUGUCUCAAAUAGCAGACAGAGUAUAAUAUUCAGUGACUUUCUUUUCAGCGUUGUGAUAGGUUGUGGAUUUUUUUCAUUUCUUAAAAAGCUACGUUAUCAUCUUGUCGAGGUCACUUUAAGAUUUUGAGCUAAAAUUUUCUUUACUCUUGAAUUUGAGUUUGAAUCUUAAAAAGCUUGAGUUUCAACUGUAGCUAGACAAUCUGAGUAUUAAAAUGGGUAUAGAAAGUAAAUUGAUAGAUCCAGUGCCUUUUUGGAGUCGAAAGCGUUAUUUGAUUGCAUUACUCACGUUUUUUGGAUUCUUCAAUGUCUAUACAUUGCGUGUUAAUUUAAGUGUCGCAAUUGUGUCAAUGACAGAAAUCAGGAAUGUAACGUUAAGCGACGGAACAUUCAUCCAACAGCAAGACUUUAACUGGGACUCAAAGCAGAAAGGUUUGGUCCUUAGUUCAUUCUUUUAUGGCUACAUCACAACACAGUUUAUCGGUGGAUAUUUAUCAUUAAAAUAUGGUGGUAAUGUCAUUUUCGGAUGUGGCAUUGGAGUGACUGCCUUGUUGACUUUAAUAACUCCAUUUGCUGCAAGUAUUAGCAUUUAUGCACUUGUUGCUGUACGGAUUAUUGAAGGUGUGUUUGAAGGGAUGACUUUUCCUGCUUGCUUUCAUGUUUGGUCAAAGUGGGCACCGCCGAUGGAAAGAUCUCGUAUAAUGGGAUUUUCUAUGGCUGGCUUAUAUGUAGGAACUGUAGUUGGUAUGCCAUUUUCAGGCAUAUUAGCAUCAACUUUAGGAUGGCAGAGUAUUUUCUAUGUUUUUGGUGCUAUUGGAGUAGUCUGGUUCAUUUUAUGGCUACGAAUUGUAAGGAAAAGUCCUGCUGAUGAUCCACGCUUGUCAAUAGCUGAACGUGACUAUAUCAUGACUAGUCUUGGAGAUGAUUUGAAUAAAAAUGAAAAGAUUGAUGUGCCAUGGAUGAAAAUAUUCACAUCUGGUUCCAUUUGGGCAAUCAUUAUUGCUCAUUUUUGUGAGGCUUGGGGAUUCUUUACAAUGUUUACACAACUUCCAACAUUCUUAAAAGACAUGCUGAACUUUGAUUUAACAUCGUCUGCGGUAUUAUCAGGUAUUCCAUAUCUUGCACUUUCAAUUUGUGUCUGCUGCUCUGGUUAUCUUGCUGACUGGUUCCAAAUGAAAGGAAUUUUAUCAACCAGAAAUGUUCGACGUAUUUUCUGCUGUGGAUCGUUUGCAAUUCAAGCAUGUCUCAUGAUACUUGUUGCUUUUGUUAUUGACAAAUUUUAUUCAGUAUUAAUACUUACAUUUGCUGUUGGUGCUGGAGCAUUUUCGCUGUCUGGAUAUGCUGUUAAUCAUCUUGACAUCGCACCAAAAUAUGCCUCAAUUAUUUGGGGAAUUUCUAACACACUUGGAUCCGUUCCUGGCAUUGUGAGUCCUCUGCUGACUGGAUAUAUUGUCACUACUCCUACCGAAGCUGAAUGGCAAAUAAUCUUCUAUAUAACAGCUGGAUUUUAUUUAAUUGGAAGCAUAGUCUAUUGGUUUUUGUGUUCUGGAACUUUACGAACAUGGGCAAAGCAGGAAUCGAUAGAAAUGAACUAAGAUUGCGGUAUAUCAGUUGAAGUUUUAAUCUAACCGUUAAUCAA